AUGUCUUCUACCAAGACCCCUGUCCUCACCGACAAGGCCCCCAAGCCCCUUCCAGGCAUCUACAGUCAAGCCAUCAUUGCCAAUGGCAUGGUAUUCUGUUCCGGCGCCGUCCCAAUGGACCCGGAGACCAUGCAGAUUAUCGACGGUGAUGUACAAGCUCACACCCAUCAAUGUAUCAAGAACUUGACGGCGGUCCUAGAGGGUGCCGGUACUACAAUCGAUAAGGUCGUCAAGGUGAACGUGUUCCUCUCAAACAUGGACGACUUCGCUGCCAUGAAUGAAAUUUAUUGCCAAUACUGGGGCGAUAUCAAGCCAUCCAGAACUUGCGUUGCGGUUAAGACGUUGCCGCUCAAUGUAGAUGUAGAGAUCGAGUGCAUAGCUGUUUUGUGA